AUGGUCCUCCAAGGACUCAAGCCUCGCAUCUUCGACCAGCUCAACAAGUUUGCUAGCCGGUGGGUCCAAGAGCUGCCAGCCGUCCUCUGGAGCCUGAGGAGAACUCCCAAUCGGUCCACAGGAUUCAUCCCAUUCUUCCUAACUUACGGGGUGGAAGCCGUGCUACCCUCCGACUUAGACCAUGGCGCCCCAAGGGUCAAGGCCUUUGGCCCCGACCGAGCCGCAGAGGCUCAGCAGGACGUGGUCGACUUGUUGGAUGAGGCUCGGGAAAUGGCCUUGGUCCGCUUGGCAAGCUACCAGCAGACCCUUCAUAGGUACCACGGGAGGAAGAUCCGGGGAAGAACCCUCAAAGUCGGCGACUUGGUGCUGAGGAGAGCGCAGUCGACCAAGGACCAGCACAAGCUCACUUCACCCUGGGAAGGACCGUACAUGAUCACGGAGGUGGUCCGGCCAGGAAUCUACCUUCUGAAGGACAGCAACGGCACCAUCCUCACCAACACUUGGAAAAUUUAG